AAAUCUUUCAACAAUCUUUCAUUUAUAUCUACGUUUUUCUUUUACUUUGUGGAAUGGAAUUUGAGAAGAUUAGAAUACGAUAGUAAGGUUAAAGCUUUAUACGGUUGGUUUUUGUCUGGUUGUUUAUUUGUUUGGUUGUUUGUUGUUUGUUUGAAGAGGAUUUUAGUAUCUAAUUACUAUACGCUGGUACUUAGUAGUAUCUAGUGGGUAUUUGGAUGGAUGUAUGAAUAAAUGGAUAAAGGAACAAAGAAAGAAUUUGAAUUCGAAGUCGAAUUUUUGUUCUUUUUUUAGAAGGGGAGUGAAGCAUUGAGAAUUCUUUGUCUGGGUUUGUGACGAGGAUCGGAUUGAAUUCAAAAGGGGAUUUUUAAUUUGAGGUUAGGAUUUAAUUUUGAAACUGGAUUUUUAGAUGUUUUCGUUUGGGGUUUUGAUUUGAAUUUCGACUUAAGGGGUAGAGGUGAAAAAGAGAUAGAGAUAGAGAAGAGUUUCAUUUUUUAAGAGAUUCCGAGAUUGAGGAAUUUGAUAUAAAGGAUUCAGGUUUGGAUACUUUGGUUUUUGGGUUUUGAGAGAUUGAGGGAUUGAGGGAUUGAGGGAUUGAAUACUACCUACCUACAGAAGGGGUCUAUCUUUGGUUUGAGUGCAAUUUACACUUCUUCUACCCGGAUACAUAUCCCUCCGCCAAAAUGUCCAAGUUCAAAACAUCAACGAAAUCAAAGGCUAAACCAAAAUCCAUCAGGGAAAAGAGCAAACUUCGAUCAACUUUAAUACGAACCGUCGAUAAACAUCGUAUACAAAAACAUCCAGCACCAUCCAAAACCAAAGCCAAAAAUCCAAUCAUCAUAGAUUUAACAUCAUCACCUCCUCCACCAACAAAACAAACCACGGCAACACCUAAAAGAAUUACCUUACCAUCAUCUAGCGAAAGAUCCCCUGGUAUAAAUUCUCCGAUUACUCGCUCACUUUCUCUUUCCUUGGCUAAACCUUCUAUCAUUCCGAAUCCUCCAAAACCUACUCAACCUCCUGAAUAUUAUAUCCAACCGAUUCAUAUCCAAGAUAUUACUCCCGGAACAGUGGUUUGGCUUCCUUCAAAAGUAGAUAUUGUACAUAAUGCUUUUGUGGAUCCGAAGUUACAUACAAAUGCUUUUGAUCAUCCGGCUAUUAUUAUAAGUAUGCCUAAUCCGGCUAAUAUUUUCUCAGUGGUAGAAAUUGCUAUUGUAAGAUUAGUCCUCUUUCUUUUUUCCUCCAUAUCCAUAUCUCUUCCCUGUUUCCCAUCUCUCCUCACUCCUUACUCACGAUACCCUCUAACAUCUCUAACAAAACAACAGAUGACAACCCUCGGCUCCCGCACCCUCCACGAAACCAAAAAUCUCACCCACCGUAACCUCCUCUUCCGAGUCCGUACAUCCCAACUCCCGAGCGCGAAAGUCGAUAUUACGUUUAAAGAUGCUAAGGGUAUGAAGGGGAAAUAUAGUUUUGUUAAUUGUAGGGAGAGUUGGCGUGUGCAGAUUGGGACGUUGGGGUUUUAUGCUAGGGGGAAAGGGAGGGAGAGGGGGAAGGAGGAUUGGUUGUGUUUGACUAAGGGGAGUUUGGAAAAGUUGAGGGCGAGUAUUGGGUGUGGGAUGGGGUUGUGGGAUUAGGGUUGGGGUGGAGGGUGGAGGGAGAUGGGGAGGUGGAGUUGGAGGUGGAUAUGGUAUCUUGAUGUUGGGAAUUCGUGGUUGCAUUUUUGUAUGAGAUGUAAGAUGUGAGAUAUAUUACCUUGAUUAAACCUCUCACUCUUUUCGGCUCAUUCAUCUCAGACUCAUCUCAGACUCUAACCCGCAGGAUUCACCACU